AUGGAAGAAGAACGUGGUAAUGAAGGGAAGACGAAGAUUGAAAAGGAGUUGGCGGGGGAGGUGAGGUAUAGAGGCGUUAGGCGGCGGCCAUGGGGGAAGUUCGCGGCGGAGAUACGAGACUCGUCCAGACAAGGUGCGAGGGUGUGGCUGGGUACAUUUAACACGGCGGAGGAGGCGGCGAGAGCUUAUGACAGGGCUGCUUAUACCAUGAGGGGUCACUUGGCGGAGGCGGCGAGAGCUUAUGACAGGGCUGCUUAUACCAUGAGGGGUCACUUGGCGGUUCUCAACUUUCCGGAGGAAUAUAAUUUACCAAGUGGAGGCGGCGGCGGAGGCGCCGCCUCUCAUUUCUCUUCGGCUUCAUCCUCUUCAUCGUCAAUGCAUGGAGAGCGAAGUGGAGAAGGGAAGGAGGUGUUUGAAUUCGAGUAUUUGGAUGAUAAGCUGCUUNCUAGUGGAGGCGGCGGCGGAGGCGCCGCCUCUCAUUUCUCUUCGGCUUCAUCCUCUUCAUCGUCAAUGCAUGGAGAGAGAAGUGGAGAAGGGAAGGAGGUGUUUGAAUUCGAGUAUUUGGAUGAUAAGCUGCUUGAGGAACUUCUUGACUCUGAAGAGGACAAGAACAAGAAAGAGUGA